AUGGCGCACAGCGGUCGGUGGCGCUUCCCUGCCCGGCCCGGCAGCGGCGGCUGGGGCCGCCGGGGGCUGGGGGGGUCCCGGCUGCGGGUGCCGGCCGUGCGGAGCCUGCGAGCCGCCGAGCCGCCGGCGGCGCCGGCGGCAGCGGGCGAGGGGGAACGCAGCGGCCCGUGCUCUGGCGGGGCGGCGGGAAGCGGGGGAGGCGGGGCAGCGUCGGGCUCUGGCGGCUCGGGGGGCCCCGCGGCCGGGGUGGGACCCGGCUUCGAUGCGGCGCUCCAGGUCUCGGCCGCCAUCGGCAUCAACCUGCGGCGGUUCCGCGCGGCCUGCGGUGCUGAGGCGGGCAGCGGAGAGGAUGAACAGUUUUUAGGUUUUGGUUCAGACGAAGAAGUCAAAGUACGAAGUCCCACCAGGUCCCCCACAGUUAAAACUAGUCCACGGAAGCCUCGCGGGAGGCCCCGGAGCAGUUCAGACCGAAGUUCAACUGUACUGUCAGACUCUUCAUCAGUGUGUUCCCCUUCAAGCAAGUCUGAAACCACAUCCAUGGAGAAGGUCAAGAAGAAGGAGUUGAAGAGUGGGGAAAAAAGACGAGGAAGACCGCCAACACUUACGAGCGUGAAGUUCAAACUAUCACAAGUAAAGGACGCGUCGGACAUUCAGAAACGCAAUAAAGAAGAAAAAGAGAGUCUGAAAAAAAUCAAAAGGUCACCAUCCACUACGUUUCAGCAGGCAACUAAAAUCAAGAAAUUAAGAACUAGUAAACUCUCCCCACUGAAAUCUAAAUUUAAGCCUGGGGCAAAACUUCAGAUUGGGAGGAAGAGCGUUCAGAUCGUGCGCAGGAGAGGUAGGCCACCAUCCUCUGAACGUUUAAAGACUUCCUCAACCUUAGUCAUAAACUCUCAGCUGGAGAAACCCCAGAGGAUUCGCAAAGAAAAGGAUGGCACGCCGCCUCUUAUGAAAGAAGAGAAGACUGCUGUCAGACAGAGUCCACGCAGGAUUAAGCCCGUGAGGAUUAUACCUUCCACCAAAAGGACAGAUGCCACAAUUGCUAAGCAACUUUUGCAGAGGGCUAAAAAGGGAGCGCAAAAGAAGAUUGAGAAAGAGGCAGCCAAACUGCAGGGCAGGAAGGGGAGAACCCAGCUUAAAAAUAUCCGACAGUUCAUCAUGCCAGUUGUGAGUGCUAUCUCUUCACGGAUCAUUAAAACACCCAAGCGGUUUAUUGAGGAUGAAGACUACGAUCCUCCUAUUAAAAUAUCCAGACUAGAAUCCACACCAAACAGCAGGUUCAGCGCUACGUCUUGUGGCUCCAGUGAAAAGUCCAGUGCUGCUUCUCAGCAUUCAUCUCAGAUGUCUUCGGACUCCUCACGGUCCAGUAGCCCCAGCGUGGAUACUUCUACAGACUCCCAGGCUUCUGAGGAGAUGCAGAUGCUUUCUGAGGAGCGAAGCAAUACUCCAGAAGUUCACACACCACUACCUGUUUCUCAGUCCCCUGAAAAUGAUAACAGCGAUAGGAGAAACAGAAGAUUUUCAAUAACAGAAAGAAGUUUUGGCCAGCGGACUGCUAAAAAGUUGUCGGCCUUACCCAGUGUGCCACAGCAGCAGUCGUCCUCCUCUCCUCCUCCCCCUUUGCUUACUCCUCCCCCGCCACUGCAGCCUGCUUCCAGCAUUUCAGACCAUACCCCUUGGCUUAUGCCUCCUACCAUACCAUUAGCCUCACCCUUUCUUCCUGCCUCUGCUGCACCGAUGCAAGAGAAACGGAAGUCAAUUCUGCGAGAGCCAACGUUUAGGUGGACCUCCCUGAAGCAUUCCAGGUCAGAACCGCAGUACUUCUCAUCAGCAAAAUAUGCCAAAGAGGGUCUUAUUCGCAAACCGAUAUUCGACAACUUCAGGCCCCCACCACUGACACCGGAGGAUGUUGGGUUUGCAUCUGGCUUCUCAACACCAGGUGCGACAGCUCCAGCACGUUUGUUUUCUCUUCACUCUGGAACAAGGUUUGACAUUCACAAGAGAAGUCCUCUGCUGAGAGCUCCCCGAUUCACACCAAGUGAGGCUCAUUCCAGGAUCUUUGAGUCUGUAACUCUGCCCUCAUCGGUUGGUCGCGCCACUACAGGAACCUCUGCAACAGGUGCCUCCUCUCGGAAGCGAAAGAGGAGAGUAUUUAGCCCCAUCCGAUCGGAACCCAGAUCUCCUUCGCACUCCAUGAGGACGAGAAGUGGGAGACUUAGUACCUCUGACCUGACAACUCUCACCCCACAGUCUUCUGUCUCUUCCUCAUUAACUAGCAUUUCUGUUAGUUCUCUUGCCACUAGUGCCUUAAAUUCAACUUUUACUUUUCCUUCCCAUUCCCUAACACAGUCUGGAGAGUCGGCAGAAAGAAGCCAGAGACCGAGGAAGCAGACUAGCACUCCAGCAGAGCCUUUCUCAUCUAGUAGCCCUACUCCUCUCUUCCCCUGGUUCACGCCGAGUCCCCAGACGGAGAGAGGCAGAAACAAGGAUAGGGCAGCAGAGGAACUCUCCAAAGACAAAGAUGCUGACAAAAGCCUGGAGAAAGACAAGAGCAGAGAGAAAGACAGGGAGAGAGAAAAGGAGAACAAACGGGAGUCAAGGAAAGAGAAAAGGAGAAAAGGGUCAGAAAUUCAGAGCAGCUCUGCUUUGUUUCCUGUAGGUAAAAUGCCCAAAGAAAAAGUUGUCAGCGAAGACGUUGCAGCAUCAUCAUCUGCCAGGAAAACUGCCGGGCGGAAGAAGUCUACAGCAAUAGAUCCCACAGCAGACGUUUCCACUGCUACUCUGGUAGAUACGGUAGCCAUCAAAACCAAAACAUCCAAGAAAGGUAGAGGGGGGUUAGACAAAUCAGAUCUGGACCUCAGCCCUGCUGUGCCAUCUUUGGAGAAGGAAAAAGCCCUGCGUCUUCCUGCUCCCUCGUCAAGCACUGUUAAACAUUCCGCGUCCUCCAUCAGCUCUAUGUUGGCUCAGGCAGACAAACUGCCAAUGACUGACAAGAGAGUGGCCAGUCUUCUGAAAAAGGCAAAAGCCCAGCUGUACAAGAUUGAGAAGAGCAAGUCCCUCAAACAAGCAGAUCAGCCAAAAGCACAGGGACAAGAGAGUGAUUCAUCGGAAACAUCAGUCCGAGGACCACGAAUAAAACAUGUUUGCAGGAGAGCAGCUGUUGCACUGGGCCGCAAGCGAGCAGUGUUUCCUGAUGACAUGCCCACUCUGAGUGCCUUACCAUGGGAAGAACGAGAGAAGAUACUGUCUUCCAUGGGGAAUGAUGAUAAGUCAUCAAUAGCUGGCUCAGAAGAGGCUGAACCUCUUGCUCCACCUAUCAAGCCAAUUAAGCCCGUUACCAGAAACAAGGCACAGCAAGAACCUCCAGUGAAGAAGGGCCGACGCUCAAGGCGCUGUGGGCAGUGUUCAGGCUGUCAGGUUCCAGAGGACUGUGGUGUCUGUACUAACUGUCUAGACAAACCCAAGUUUGGUGGGCGCAAUAUAAAGAAGCAGUGCUGCAAAAUGAGGAAAUGUCAGAAUCUACAAUGGAUGCCUUCAAAAGCGUAUCUUCAGAAGCAGGCUAAAGCUGCAAAAAAGAAAGAGAAGAAAUCGAAGACAAAUGAAAAGAAAGAAAGCCAUUCUGGAAAGAACCAGUUGGACUCUGGACAGAAACAAGCUCCUCAGACUGCCGUAUCAAGGGAAGACAAUGCUGUAAAGAAGAGCAGUGAGCCUGCUCGUAAGCCCGUUGAGGAAAAACAUGAGGAUGGAAAUUCCUCCAUUCCAGCAUCAGAGCCCAAACAGGUCCCUGCAUCCAGUACCAGAAAGACUGGCAAGCAGACGUCCCAGCCAGUACAGCUCCCUCCUUCUCAGCCACCAAGCUCAGGACCUUUGAAAAAAGAAGCACCUAAACUUACCACUUCUGAGCAUAAGAAAAAGACUCCCCAGCCAGAAAUAGGCACAGAACAAAGCAAACAGAAAAAAAUUGCUCCCCGUCCAACUUUCCCUGUGAAACAGAAACCAAAAGAAAAGGAAAAGCCCCCUCCUAUAAGCAAGCCAGAAAGCAGCACGCUGAAUUUGCUCAGUACUCUGACUAACGGAAGCAGUUCCAAGCAAAAGCCACCUACAGAUGGAGUCCACAGAAUCCGAGUGGAUUUCAAGGAGGACUGUGAAGUGGAGAAUGUUUGGGAGAUGGGUGGGUUAGGCAUCGUCACCUCGGUACCUAUUACUCCCAGGGUGGUCUGUUUUCUCUGUGCCAGCAGUGGACAUGUGGAGUUUGUGUAUUGUCAGGUCUGUUGUGAGCCUUUCCACAAGUUCUGCUUAGAGGAGAGCGAGCGGCCCCUGGAGGACCAGCUGGAAAACUGGUGCUGCCGUCGCUGCAAGUUCUGCCACGUGUGUGGGAGACAGCACCAGGCCACCAAGCAGUUGCUGGAGUGUAACAAGUGCCGAAACAGCUAUCACCCCGAGUGCCUGGGCCCAAACUACCCAACAAAACCCACCAAGAAAAAGAAAGUUUGGAUAUGUACCAAAUGUGUUCGCUGCAAGAGCUGUGGAUCAACAACACCGGGCAAAGGGUGGGAUGCACAGUGGUCUCAUGACUUCUCGCUGUGUCAUGAUUGUGCCAAACUCUUUGCUAAAGGAAAUUUUUGUCCUCUCUGUGACAAAUGCUAUGAUGAUGAUGACUAUGAGAGCAAGAUGAUGCAGUGUGGGAAAUGUGACCGCUGGGUCCACUCCAAGUGUGAAAACCUUUCAGAUGAAAUGUAUGAGAUACUCUCUAACUUGCCUGAGAGUGUAGCAUACACCUGCAUUAACUGUACAGAGCAGCAUCCUGCAGAGUGGCGCCUGGCACUGGAAAAGGAGCUGCAGGUUUCUUUAAAGCAGGUUUUAACAGCCCUGUUGAAUUCUAGAACUACUAGCCACUUGCUGCGGUAUCGACAGGCAGCAAAACCGCCUGAUUUAAAUCCCGAGACAGAAGAGAGUAUCCCAUCCAGAAGCUCUCCUGAAGGUCCUGAUCCUCCUAUCCUAACAGAAGUCAGUAAACAGGAGGAGCAACAACCUCUGGAUUUGGAAGGAGUGAAAAGAAAAAUGGAUCAAGGAGGUUACACUUCAGUGUUGGAUUUUAGUGAUGAUAUCGUGAAGAUAAUUCAAGCAGCCAUCAAUUCUGAUGGAGGGCAGCCGGAAGUUAAGAAAGCGAAUAGCAUGGUCAAGUCCUUCUUUAUUCGGCAAAUGGAGCGUGUUUUUCCAUGGUUCAGUGUAAAAAAGUCCAGAUUUUGGGAGCCAAAUAAAGUAACAAGCAACAGUGGUAUGUUGCCGAAUGCAGUGCUGCCUCCUUCGCUUGACCAUAAUUAUGCUCAGUGGCAGGAGCGUGAAGAGAACAACUGCACUGAACAGCCCCCUCUGAUGAAGAAAAUCAUUCCAGCUCCAAAACCCAAAGGGCCUGGAGAGCCAGAUUCACCAACUCCUCUACAUCCUCCUACGCCACCUAUCUCUAGCUCUGACAGAAGCAGAGAGGAUAGUCCUGAACUUAACCCACCACCGGAUGUAGAGGACAAUAGGCAGUGCGCAUUGUGCCUGAAAUACGGUGAUGACAGUGCUAAUGAUGCUGGACGUCUUCUCUACAUUGGCCAAAACGAAUGGACACAUGUGAACUGUGCUUUGUGGUCAGCAGAAGUAUUUGAAGAUGAUGAUGGUUCUCUGAAAAACGUGCACAUGGCUGUGAUCAGGGGAAAACAACUGAGGUGUGAGUUCUGCCAGAAGUCGGGGGCCACAGUAGGCUGCUGCCUCACUUCCUGUACAAGUAACUAUCAUUUUAUGUGCUCGCGCGCCAAGAACUGUGUCUUUUUGGAUGAUAAGAAAGUUUACUGCCAGAGACAUCGGGACUUGAUCAAAGGAGAGGUGGUUCCUGAGAAUGGGUUUGAAGUUCUUAGGAGAGUUUUUGUGGAUUUUGAAGGGAUCAGUUUGAGAAGAAAAUUUCUUAGUGGUUUGGAACCCGAGAAUAUCCACAUGAUGAUUGGUUCAAUGACAAUAGACUGUUUAGGAAUUCUGAAUGAUCUCUCAGACUGUGAAGAUAAGUUGUUUCCCAUUGGCUAUCAGUGCUCCAGGGUGUACUGGAGCACAACGGAUGCCAGGAAGCGCUGUGUGUAUACCUGCAAGAUCAUGGAGUGCCGACCUGCGGUCAUAGAACCUGACAUCAAUAGCACUGUAGAGCAUGAUGAUAACAGAACAAUUGCACAUAGCCCCAUGCCCCUUACAGAAACUCUAUCUAAAGACAGCCGAAAUACACCUGAAAUUGUAAACCCACCAUCACCAGAUCAUCCCUUGCAUUCUCAGACCUCUAGUUCCUGUUACUAUCCAGUGGUCUCAAAGGGUCCCAGGAUCAGGACACCAAGUUACCCAUCCACACAGAGGUCUCCCGGCUCUAGGCCGUUACCCUCUGCAGGAAGCCCUACCCCAGUGACCCAUGAAAUAGUAACAGUAGGAGAUCCUUUACUAUCCUCUGGACUUAAGAGCAUUGGUUCUAGGAGACAUAGCACCUCUUCCUUGUCACAGCAGCAAUCAAAACUCCGGAUGAUUUCCCCUAUACGAGCUGGGAACACUUACUCCAGGCACAGCGCAUCUUCUGUUUCCAACACAGGGUCCUCCUCAGAACAUGAGCCAAGCGUCAAAAGUACAGACCGCUUUGUGGGGUCAGUGAAUGCAGGUACACCAAGUGCUCCAGUGCAGAGUUGCUCUAGCAGUUCAGGCUCCCAGAAAACAGCAGCUACAAGCGGAAGUAAAACUUACCAGCUGGAUGCGUCUCAGUGUACAGAAGGAAAACAUUCUGGCAGUUCAGAUUUGAUAGCCAAAGGUGUGCCUUCUAAGGGAGAGAAAAUUAAAACACUGACCUCAAAGGACCCGGAUUAUUCAGCUCAUGGUUUUGCUUCUGGAGGAAACUCCAAAAUGUCUGCUCAACCAACCAGUUCAUCAGUUACGGAAAUUAAUGUUAAAAUAGGAACCUUACAAGAAUGUUCAGGAUCAUUUUCUUCCAAAGAAGCAAUAUCCUUUCCACCAUUGCAUCAGAGAGGCCCAAGGAAAGACAGAGAUCAGCACGUGGAACCUGUACAGCCAGAGAAAACAACUGCGGUUGAUGAGAUGGAUGCGAAGGCCUUGAAGUCUGCUGGAGUAAAUAGCAGAUCUCCUGUAGCAAGUGAGCCAGUAGUUUCUGCCUCUAGAGACAGGCGUCAGAAGGGGAAAAAGGUAAUGAAAGACAGUUUUAAAGAGAAGCAUUGCCUAAAAUCUCUUCCAGAUUCAAGUCAAGCAGUAGGCAGUGAUGAAGGAAACCUGAAGCCAGAGUUUGGUAAUCAGGGUUUGGCAGUUGAACCAAUUAGCCAGAGGUUGUGUAAUAAUAUUGCUGCUGAAAAAGCUGGUGAGAAGUCUCCACCUUCGCAAGGGCUGUCUAAAGGUUCUGCAGUGCAGAUUGAAGCAGCCUCUAAGGAAUCUCAGGCACCUAGAAAACGCACCGUUAAAGUCACUCUGACUCCUCUCAAGAUGGAAAGUGAAACCCAAUCUAAAAAUGCACAGCAGGAAAGCGAUGCUGAACCUCAGUCUGCAGGGGCAGAACUGACUGCUUUGGCAGAGCCCUCCUCAACUUCAGAAAGCCCAGAAGAUAACCCUGUAGUUCAGAGAAGUCCAAACGAAGCGUCAGCACAGGAAUCUCAGAAUAAUGCAUAUGAAAGUCUGCCUGUUCAGGAUAACAACUUGAUGCUCCAGGAUGGAGGAGCUAAAGCUCAAGAGGAAGGCUCCUACAAACGGAGGUAUCCACGGAGGAGUGCUCGGGCCAGAUCCAAUAUGUUCUUUGGAUUGACUCCUCUGUAUGGCGUGAGGUCUUAUGGAGAGGAAGACAUUCCCUUCUACAGUAACUCAACUGGAAAGAAGCGAGGGAAGCGGUCUGCAGAAGGACAAGUGGAUGGUGCAGAUGACUUGAGCACAUCAGAUGAAGAUGACCUAUACUACUAUAACUUCACUAGAACGGUGGUUUCCUCGAAUACGGAGGAGAGGCUUGCAUCCCAUAACUUAUUCAGGGAGGAGGAGCAGUGUGAUCUUCCAAAAAUCUCACAGCUGGAUGGUGUGGAUGAUGGCACUGAAAGUGAUACAAGUGUCACGGCAACAACAAGAAAAGUCAGUCAGGUAACUAAAAGGAGCAGUAAAGAAAAUGGAACAGAGAAUUUAAAGCUAGAUAGAAGUGAAGAAGCUGGAGAGAAAGUACAAGUCACCAAGAGCUCCGCCGUCCACAAAACUGACCCAAAGAUUGAUAACUGCCAUCCUGUGAGCAGGGUUAAAGCACAGGGUCAGGAUUCACUGGAAGCUCAGCUGAGCUCGUUGGAAACGGGCCGCAGAGCUCACGCAAGCACACCUUCCGACAAGAACUUACUGGACACUUUUAACACAGAACUUCUGAAAUCAGACUCUGACAAUAACAACAGUGAUGACUGUGGCAACAUCCUCCCUUCUGACAUCAUGGACUUUGUACUAAAGAACACGCCAUCUAUGCAGGCACUGGGAGAAAGUCCAGAGUCCUCAUCAUCUGAACUUCUCACACUCGGGGAAGGUUUAGGUCUUGACAGCAACCGUGGCAAGGAUAUGGGCUUGUUUGAGGUGUUCUCCCAGCAGCUGCCAACCACUGAGCCGGUGGAUAGCAGCGUCUCUUCCUCCAUAUCAGCGGAGGAGCAGUUUGAAUUGCCGCUGGAGCUUCCUUCUGAUCUCUCUGUUCUGACCACUCGCAGCCCUACGGUGCCCAGCCAGAAUCACAACAGGCUCGCUGUCAUCUCGGAGUCUUCGCUCUCCUCCUCGGGAGAACGGUCGAUGCUUGCCUUGCCUUCCACGGAGUCUGGGGAAAAGAGGGUGACAGUCACAGAAAAAUCUGCAUCGGGGGAAGGCGAAACAGCGCUCCUGAGUCCAGGAGUAGACCCGAGCCCUGAAGGACACAUGACUCCCGAUCACUUCAUCCAGGGUCACAUAGAUGCAGAGCAUAUAGCCAGCCCACCCUGUGGCCCCGUUGAGCAAGGGCAUGGCAGCAACCAGGAUUUAACAAGAAACAGCGGGACUCCAGGUAUCCAGGUGCCAGUAUCGCCCACCGUUCCCCUCCAGAGCCAGAAAUACGUGCCAAACUCCACAGACAGCCCUGGCCCCUCGCAGAUCUCCAACGCUGCGGUGCAGACAACACCGCCCCACCUCAAGCCAGCUGCAGAAAAACUUCUGGUAGUCAAUCAAAACAUGCAGCCGCUGUAUGUCCUCCAAACCCUUCCCAAUGGUGUUACUCAAAAGAUACAGUUAACGCCUUCUGUUAGCUCUGCACAGAGUGUAAUGGAGAGCAACACUUCAGUGCUGGGGCCCAUGGGGAGCGGGCUGACACUGACCACGGGGUUAAAUCCGAGCUUGCCCUCAUCUCAGUCAUUAUUCCCUCCCACGAGCAAGGGGCUGCUGCCCAUGUCCCAUCACCAGCACAUACAUCCCUUCUCCACGGCUGCUCAGACUGGCUUCCCACCAAACAUUGGCAGCCCUUCGCCAGGUCUUCUGAUUGGUGUCCAGCCACCCCCUGAUCCUCAGCUCUUAGUGUCUGAAGCUAGUCAGAGGACAGACCUUGGUACCGCUGCUUCUACUCCAGCUGCUGCCCUGGGCAAGAAACGGCCCAUAUCUCGUCUGCAGUCACGGAAGAAUAAGAAACUGGCUCCCUCUGGAACCCCUUCUGCUAUAGCUCCUCCUGAUAUGGUCUCCAACAUGACCUUAAUUAAUUUUGCUCCUUCACAAAUCUCCAACCACCCACUGGAUUUGGGAACCAUUGCAAAUUCGACAUCCCAUAGAACUGUCCCCAAUAUUAUCAAAAGGUCCAAGUCCGGGGUCAUGUAUUUUGAGCAGACAUCUUUGCUUCCACAAGCUGGGACCACUACUGCAGUCGGCACAUCUCCCAGUGUUAUUGGGCCAGAUGCCAGUCAGCUCCCAGCGGGGCCUGUAUCAGGCCUAGCAUCAAGUUCCUCGGUGCUGAAUGUCGUAUCCAUGCAGGCCGCCGCAGCCCCUACCACUGGUGGAUCAGUUCCUAGUCAUGUUUUGGGACAAAGUUCGGUAACGUUAACUAGCCCUGGAUUAUUAGGGGACCUUGGUUCAAUAAGCAACCUCCUGAUCAAAGCUAGUCAGCAGAGCCUUGGUCUUCAGGAGCAGCACAUGACUUUACCACCAAGUUCUGGGAUGUUUUCACAGCUAGGAGCAUCCCAGACUCCAUCUACGGCAGCAAUGACAGCUGCAUCAAGCAUAUGUGUUCUGCCUUCAGCACAGACGAUGGGCAUGACGGUUGCUCCGUCGUCUGCUGACCCAGAAGGCUCUUACCAGCUUCAGCACAUGACACAACUCUUAGCCAGCAAAACCGGGGUUGCUUCCUCCCAGCUAGACCUUGGCACAGCUUCAGCAACAACGCAGUUGUCGAGCUUUCCGCAGCUGGUUGAUAUCCCCAAUAAUACCGGACUUGAACAAAACAAGGCUUCCUCGUCAGUGAUGCAUGCCAGUUCAGCAUCUCCUGGAGGCUCCCCAUCAUCAGGUCAACAGUCUGCAAGUAGCUCUGUGCUGGGUCCCACGAAAAUGAAGCCGAAAAUCAAACGCAUUCAGCCAUCGUUAGACAAAGGGAAUGGAAAGAAGCACAAAACUUCUCACUGGACCGGCUCCUCUGAAGCACACACUCCUGAGAGAGGAGCCCUUGCUGUACCCCAGGUCUCGACUACAGGGACUCCUGCUGUGAAGGCAGAUACACAGGAUGCAGCAAGUGUAGAUCAGCCAUCGCAUAAACAGUGUGGCCAGUCUGCAGGGCAAACAACGGUCCUCCCAGAAUCUCAAUCAACACAGAACUCAACAAAUGAGCAAGAAAAUAAAGGCUCAAAAGCUCUCGAGGAAGAAGAGAGCACUUUCAGCUCCCCACUUAUGUUUUGGCUUCAGCAAGAGCAAAAAAGGAAAGAGUGUCUUGGUGAGAAGAAACCAAAGAAAGGUUUGGUUUUUGAGAUCUCUAGUGAUGAUGGCUUUCAAAUCUGCGCAGAAAGCAUUGAAGAUGCCUGGAAGUCACUGACUGACAAAGUUCAAGAAGCCCGUUCUAAUGCCCGCCUGAAACAGCUAUCUUUUGCAGGUGUGAAUGGUUUGAGGAUGCUGGGGAUUAUCCACGACACUGUUGUGUUCCUGAUAGAGCAACUGUACGGAGCAAAGCACUGCCACAACUACAAGUUCAGAUUUCAUAAGCCAGAGGAGGCCAAUGAACCUCCUCUGAAUCCACAUGGCUCUGCUAGGGCUGAAGUCCACCUGAGGAAAUCUGCAUUCGAUAUGUUUAAUUUCUUGGCUUCUAAACACCGACAGCCCCCAGAAUACAACCCAAAUGAUGAGGAAGAGGAAGAAGUACAGCUGAAAUCAGCCCGGAGGGCGACUAGUAUGGAUCUGCCAAUGCCCAUGCGCUUCCGACACUUGAAGAAGACCUCCAAGGAAGCAGUUGGUGUCUACAGGUCUCCCAUCCAUGGCCGGGGUCUGUUCUGCAAAAGGAAUAUCGAUGCAGGUGAGAUGGUGAUCGAAUAUUCAGGCAACGUCAUUCGCUCCAUCCUCACUGACAAACGAGAGAAGUACUACGACAGUAAGGGCAUCGGUUGCUACAUGUUCCGCGUUGACGACUCUGAAGUGGUGGAUGCCACCAUGCAUGGGAACGCGGCCCGCUUCAUCAAUCACUCCUGCGAGCCUAACUGCUACUCCCGGGUCAUCAACAUCGAUGGCCAGAAACACAUUGUCAUCUUUGCCAUGCGCAAAAUCUACCGCGGGGAAGAGCUCACCUACGACUACAAGUUCCCCAUUGAAGACGCCAGCAACAAACUGCCCUGUAACUGCGGCGCCAAGAAGUGCAGGAAGUUUUUAAACUAGGACUUCCAUCAGCUGCAAGUGAGCCCUGAAGGGCCUGGGGCAAACCAAAGCUUCAAGUAACUCCCGCCCCAGCCCUUUGGACCAGACAGGGGGGGCCAGAGGCAGGAUUGAAGAUCAGCUGGGCUCAGCGACCUGACUGGCGGCUGCGUUUCUCUGUCAGAGUCCACAUCUUCAUGUCUCAUAUGUGCACACUUACCCUCGUGAAAGACAUGGGCAACUGGAGAAGAUCCUCAGCGUGAUUAUGUUUUUGCUAUUCUCAUUUCCCCCUGCCCCUGGUAUUUGUUUCUCAGUCUGGGGCUAAUGAGUGGGAGAGGGGAGGGGAGGUCAGCCUAGGCCCAAGCGUGGGGGAGUGAUCAUGGAUCCUGCCCCUCCAUCCCUCUCCGUCUCGUGGUUCAGUGCUGAACAUGGAGCUUGCCACUGCCUUCGAGGACUGUGUCCCGAGUUCAGUAGCACAGCGUUUGAAUGAGCUUGUCUCCUAGGGGGAGAGACUGCGCCCCGCCAACCAGCUGCCCCCAGGACUGCGCAGGUGUCUGUGGUUCUUUGUGCUCUGCAUCUGCAAAACACUAUUUGUGUACGGGCCGGCGUGGCGUGGGCAGCCUGGUGCAUUGCAUGGGUGCGGCUUGGCUGGUUCCGUCGAGGAAGGCCGAUCCGGGGAGAGCGGAACAGAGCAGCCCGCAACUAGACUGAGGAGGGUUUGGCUAGCACUUCACUCCAAAAUCCCCAUCUGAGGGAAGGGGAAUUCAUGGCAUUCUUUAGCAGAGAGGGAGCUUGUGCCAGCCCUUGUGGGCACAAGGUGCUUCUGGCUGGCAGCCUCUCUGCCACUGUGGAGCUGGUCUGAGGGACCAUUGUCUCCAGGGUGAGAUGGGGAGUGAGAUCCGGCUCCAGGGUUGGCUGUGUAGCGCUGCAGAGCAGGAGCUAGGCAGGACUUGUAUGGAGUCUCCCACAGUGUCUGCUCUGCUCAGCCUUGCCAUGGCAUCAGAGGGCCAGGUUGGGGGAGAAGGGUGUGAUCCUGCGAGCAGGUGUGGUUCAUCUUUGGGUGUAGUCAUAUUGUCUUCCCUGGAAGGUACGGGAAGAGGCACUGAAACAGCACGUGAGUUCCCUGCAAAAACAAGGCCAAACAUUAACCAGCCUCAUCUGCAUCGUGCAGCAUCCAGAAGCGCAUAGGAAAUACAUUAGCAGUGGGCAUGGUUGAAGUUGCUGCAGCAGAGGCACCAAGCUUGUUUCAAGUGAAUCCAAAGACACUGUCGUCCCAGUUAGUCAUGUAAAUCCUCCUCCCAUUUGGGUCUGCUUCAUGCCUCCAAAUCAAAACCACAGAGAAAGAAGUCAAAAGCCCCAAGGCUAACAAAGGACGACAUUGGAUUUUGCUCUGUUCUGUUUACAGUUUAGUAUUUAAGGUUUUAUAAAUGUAAAUAUAUUUUGUAUAUUUUUCUAUGAGAAGCACUUCAUAGGGGAAAGCACUUAUGACGAGGCUUUUUAAACAGUGGUAUUAUCCUAAUUUAAGAGAAUCUCUUUUUAAUGAUUUUUUUUUUAUUAUUUUCAUAGGACGGUUAUAGGAAAUACCUGGUUGGACACAGUCUGAUCCUCUCUCCAGAGGCGGGGGGGGGGGGGGUACACUUUAUUUUUAAUUUUUACUCUUGUUCUGCCUUUUUGACUUCAGUAACUGUUUCCAGGAGGUUUGGCUGGACCUUAAAUUUUAUGUACCCGUUGAGAUGGGGGCAGGAGGGAGGCUUGCCCAGCUUAGGAGGAGUUUGACUCUGUCUGAACAACUGUCUGUGCCCCGAGGCAGAAGGCGUGAUGCUGCCCUGCCUGUGCCAGCAUCCUGCGUGUAUUUGAGAAGGAAAAGCAAGGUAAAAUGAGAGAGGGAGACCUGGCUCUCAAUACCUCUCUUGCUGGGAGGCUGCUCUGGGACAGGUGCCUCAUCCUGCAGCCCCUCUCUUGAGGGCAGAUGGGUUUUUCUGUGAAGAGUAAGCAGGAAGUGCCCUCACUGUUCUGAGUUGUCCCUGCAGGUGUGUUGGCAGCCAUGCUGGGAGGUGGCAGGCUGGUGGGCUGCCCUGAAAAAGCAUCGGCAGUCGGUGGGAAAGGGAAGGGAGAGAGAAGAGAGCCUGCUGACUCCCCCAGUGCUCCCGGCAGGGCAGCCUGAACCCGCACCCUUUGGGCCCUGAGGCCCCAUCCUCUGACCUGAGAAUGGAAAACGGCACUCACUCAGAGUCACCUACUGCCAGUUUCCUUUUGUUAUUGCACUGUGUGAUGAUUAUUUGGUGAUAACUGUUGCAAGAAAAGUCAAAUUGACGCUGCAUUUGUUACUGAGAUGAUUUGAUGCACUGACAGUUUGGGAACGCACAUACCUUGAGGAGGCCAAAGAGCCUGUGCCCGGGGGCUCCUGGCCCCGCGUCCCCGGGUGCAGCUGCUCGCAGUCCUUUUCCUUUCCCGUUUCUGAUGGCAGUGCUGGGGGACAGCCCUUGCCUUGGUGAAGCCCAUGAGUCGACCAGAGUAGCCCAGCUCCACCGUGUUUUCUCACCCACGCUGCUGCUGUGUGCCAGUGACACAGAAGGAGCAUCUUCCCCAGCAAGCGAAUCAGUUCCAUCUGCCUGGCUGCGGGAUGAGGCUCCAUCUGGGAAGCACUGCCCAAAGCCACCCCGAAGCGUAGGGAGAAGCGGGGAAGUGGGUCAGGGGGAGCGGUGUGCCACAGGACCCCCCCAGGAAGCAAGCGCCAGGCAUCUCUCCUCCCGCAAGGAGCGGUUGAGCCCGCGGGUCUGGCUGCUGUCUGCUUUGCUGCUAUACCCGUCGCGGCUGCCUCGGCAGCAGCCGCUGUGGCCAGUGAAACUAACUGUACCCCUGGGAAGCUGUGCGGUGCCUUGCGGCGGGCUCGGGAUGAGUGGCUGCAGCAGCGAGCGCCUGGGCUCACUGCCAUCUGCCUGCCCGCCUGCCCCUUGGCCCUGGCCUCCCCGGGCUGGUGGUGAGUGCAGCGCAGCUUUCCCCCCCCGUGUAUGAAUGUAUAUUUUAUAAGGACUGACACAGAUCACGGAAUCUGAAAAUACUAAGGAAAAAAAAAAAAAAAAGAACCUUAGUGCGUUUAUGGUUUUAUUUUUCUUUGUACAAACCAACAUGGGUUUUGUUUGGUUUUUUUAAGGAAAAGCGGGUCAUUGCAAAGGGCUGGGUAUCUUUUCUUUCUGGUUUUCUUUCAUUUCAAAGCAAUACCAGGUUCUUCAGCGAGAGUCUUCGUGCGGAAUCAUGCCAUUCAAACUCAUACUACUGGUCCACUCUCUACACUCGCAAGUUUUGGUUUUUUUUAUAACUAUAAAUACGAUAUAUAUAGGAACUAAUAUAGUAAUGCACCGUGUAAUGAAGCCUAGUUCAGUAUCGGUCCAUGGCUUUUACUUCUCUUAACACUAUAGAUAAGGAUUGUGUUACAGUUGCUAAUGAGGCCAGGAAAGGUGGGCCGUGCGUCCCUGCCUGGCCGCAGCUGCUAAGGCGAGGGCGGCUGGGGAGCCGGGAGCGGGCGGCUCAGCCUUUCCUGGCCCUUCUUGUUACCAGUCAGUACUUGUACAACUUGGUUUCUUCCUUUUCUUCCUUGUUUUGGUUAUGAAUGUUGGGGUACCACCUGCAUAUAGGGGGGAAAAAAAAAAAUGUGCUCUGUGCUUUCCUGGUAUCUUUUUAACGAGGUACAGUAGCUUUGUCUAUCAACCGAGAACUAUACUUGUGGUGUUUCUUUUAUUGAGCUUAACAGUCUCUUUAGUAAAUACAGGUAGGUGAAUAAUUGUUUCAGGAAAAAAAAAAAAAAAGACAAAAAAAAAAGCUCUGCAAAAGCAAGGUUAUGUUCUAGAAAUACAUUUCUUGACAACUUAUCAUGUAUAACAAAUCUCUCUUUUUUUUCUUUUUUUUUUUUCUUGUGUUCUUCCAAGCUUCUGGUGUUUUGUUUUUGUUUUGUUUUUAAAAAAAAAAAAAAAAAAAAAAAAAAAAGAGGAAACCUGUCUAAAGUACAUCAGUGUUAACUCCCUGUCACAGGGAAGAAGGAAAUACUUUACUAGUUUAAAAAAAUGCUGAAAGCUCUGCAAAAGACUGAAUGUAAAAAUAAAAAAAGUGUACAUAGUUGUAAAAAAAAAAAAAAGGAGUUUUUAAACAUGUUUAUUUUCUAUGCACUUUUUUUUAUUUAAGUGAUAGUUUAAUUAAUAAACAUGUCAAGUUUAUUGCUGCA